AUGUUGAAGAAAGUUGACAUACUCGUGGUAAACGACGACGGCAUCGAUGCGAAUGGCAUCAAAACGCUAAUUCGAACGCUCGCGAAAGAAAAAGAGUUUAACGUGUGCGUCGUCGCGCCAGAGCGCGAGCGAUCGGCGAGCGGACACUGCAUCACAGUACACGAACCAAUAGGAGUUAAACGAUUAUCGGAUUACUAUCACGACGACGCCUACAACGAUGAUGAUGAAAACGAAAACGAACAAGCGAACGAAAGAAAAGAAGAAGAAGAAGAUGAUGAAAAAGUGAGAUGUAAAAGUUAUUCAAUCACGGGGACGCCUGCGGAUUGCUCAAUGCUUGCGCUAGGCCCAGAUUUGUUUCCAGAACUCAUCAAAUCGAAGGAUGAUGGUAGUAGCAAUAACGAUAGCAAUGACGGUGUGGCAUUUGAUGUUGUUCUCUCGGGAGUCAAUCGAGGCGACAACGCGGGUAAACACGUCAUGUAUUCGGGAACGGUCGCCGGUGCCCGAGAAGCCGCGAUGAAGGGCCAAAUAGGCGUUGCACUUUCGUUAGAUUCGUAUUCGAGAAGUGCCAAUUACUCUGAAAGUUGUAAAAUAGCCACGCAGAUUGUGAAAUCCAUCGUAUCGAGCGAAGAACGGAAGCGACUUUUGAGAGGUUUUGUCAUCAACGUGAACGUCCCGAGAGAUGGCGAAAAGAUCAGAGGCGUAGAAACUUGCGCGGUAUCGAAGUGCUCGACUAUUCCGCUGUGGAAACGAGUCAAAGACCCUAACCCUGAAGUUUUAUACGUGACGCACGACGACGGCGAGGAGGAUGCGCGAGCGCCUUCGCCGAUACCGUCUCCCCCAUCUUCGCCUCGAAACUCUUUGGAAAGGAAAAGCAGUAAAAUUCUUUCGUCGCCGAAGAAGCGCGAUGAGGCUGGCGUCAAAGGCGGUAAUAGCAAAGAUUUUGACACGUCCGACUAUUUUAAAACGAAUUUGAACAUCUCUGGUGACGAUGAAAACGGAACGGCGCGUUGGAGAACGAGCGAGACGCGAUGGUUUCGAAACGGGUUUGGUGGAACCGAACGCGACGACCGCGUCGGAAUCGACUCGGAGCUUUUGAAGCAAGGUAAAGUCGCCAUCUCGAUAUUAACAACGAAUAAUGCGUGCUUAACGGAUCCAACGCUCAGAUUCGACGUCAGCGAAGAGGAUGCGGCGAGAAUAAAACAGAUUGGCGAUGAUAUAGCUCGAGAACUAGCGAGUUCGUUGUGCCUUUGA